AAGGGCGCCAUCACUUCCAGCUGAACAGCAUCCCCCCUCUAAUCCUUCACAACCCCAGACCAAGGAACCUAAGUGCCAACUUCAAGUAGACCUUGAGAGUAAAGCUCUUUGAGGACAGCCACACCCUCUGCCCUGGUGUGAGGUGAAUGCUGUGAUGCCAUUUGGAUGCCUUGCCCUGAGAGAUGGGCGGACUUACGACAGCAUAUCUGAUGUCACAGAUAAAUACGACUUUGGACAAGUUCUUCGAGCGAAGGAGUUUUGUGAGCUGUGCCUGGCAAAGGACAGACAAACAGAAAAGGUGUUUGUCUGCAAGAAAUUUUUCAAAAAGGAUGGAAGAAAAGUCCGCAAGGCCGCCAAGAAUGAGAUCAUGAUCUUGAAAUUGGUCAAUCACCCAAACAUCCUUCAGCUGAUAGAUACAUUUGAAACUCGAAAAGAAUACUUCAUAAUCCAGGAACUUGCCACAGGGGGAGAUGUAUUUGACUGGAUUUUGGACCAAGGGAAUUACACAGAGAGAGAUGCUUCCAAUGUUAUCAGACAGGUGUUGGAGGCUGUGGCGUACCUACACUCUCUCAACAUUGUUCACAGAAAUCUAAAGCUUGAAAACUUGAUGUACUACACAGAAAACAACCACAAUAAAGUAGUUCUGCGAGAUUUUUACCUCUCCAGAUUUGAGAAUGGACCAAUCACAGAGCCAUGCGGAACACCUGAAUACCUCGCUCCUGAAGUGGUUGCUCGUCAUCGGUACGGUCGCGCUGUGGACUGCUGGGCAGUGGGGGUGAUCAUGUACAUACUCUUAUCGGGCAACCCUCCCUUUUAUGAUGAGACUGAGGAAGAAAACACAGAUCUACAUAAUCGCAUCAUCUUCUGCCGCAUCGUUGCUGGGGACUUUGAGUUUGAUUCUCCUCACUGGGAUGACAUUUCACCUGCAGCUAAAGCCCUUGUGUGUAGACUCAUGGAAGUGGACCAGAUGCUGAGAAUCACAGCAGAGGAUGCUCUACGCCACGAAUGGAUUGCAGGGAACGGUGCAUCAGAGAAGAACUUGAAGGAUGGUGUGUGUGCCCAGUUUGAGAAGAAUUUUGCAAAGGCCAAAUGGCGGGAGUUAAAGAAAGCAAUCCGAGUGACAACCUUCAUGCAACGGUUGAAGAACUCCGAAGCACUGAAUGAUAGUUCAGUUGAGGUUCAGGGUGGGCAACAGGUAGGAGAUGGUGAAGGGGGCGUUUCCCAGGGGACAAGUGAUGAGGGAGACAAAGGGACGACAGAUGAAGGGAUAACAUCAAGCAGUGUUUCUUUAGAGGUGAGUGUUGAGAAUACACAGACCGGUAUAGAACAAGUUGAGGUUACAGUUAAGAUGGGAGAAAAAACUGAGAAAGGAAACAUCCUUGUGGGUCCAUCUGUGGAAACGUUUAAACCAGAUGGGCAAGACCAUUUAAGCCAAACAAGUUCAGUACCUAAAUCUGAACAGGAUGAGCGUAAGGCUGGGGUGAAGAAGGGAGCUGCAGAUGGAACACGGAAAAUUGCUGCAAAUUUAGGUCAAGCAAAAGUUGUCCCAGAGGUUAAAAAGACAACAGUGGAGACCUCUGAUUUGUCAAAGCUGUCAGAAGGUUCACCAAGUGCAAAGCUUGGCAAACAGCACACAUCUGGUUCCCCUGAGCCAAGUGGCAAACGUAAAAUGGCUGCAACACUGAGUAGCACCACAGCUGCCCCUACUUCUUCAACCUCACCAGAGAAGAAAUUAGCCACCCAAAGCACGCAGAGGUAUGAGUCUGAUGAAAGCUGGUGUCAGACGCAAGUGCCGGAAGCAGUUGCAGAAAGGUCAGUGGUAGCCCCAGUUACUUCAUCCAUUGGGAUGGUAAGUGGGCCUGAUGUAGAGCUAGGUGUGAGGUUGCGAGGUGAUGCUAGCCCUAUAGGAAAAAGGGAGAAGAACACCAGACAAACAGACCGACACAGUGCCGAGUUUAGCAUAGUCAGGACCCCUGCUGCAGCCCAAGGUUAUGUAGCCGGCAGCUCUGCUAGCUUGGGCCGUCAUGCCCCACCAUACAAUCCAGAGGCCAUGUCUGUGGGGAUGGGGAUGGCUGGGAGCUUUGGGAGUCCAUACAGUUCCCUGUAUACAAGCAGAGGAGGAGCAGUAGGGAUGUAUGGGACUGGUCUACACCAUGGAGGAAGUGGGAGCAGCAGCACAGCUGAUUGGCAAAUGGACAGUGUAAUUGAACAGAUAGAAAAGCAAAUGGUAGCCGUGCUUGAGAAGAUCGAGGGAGAUAUGCCCUCAUUGCUUGAGCAAAUCAGUGACUGUCCUAGUGAGUCAGCACGGGCCAGGAGCACACAUGCCUCACCUUCCACUUCUCGCUCACGUUCAACUCAACAUUCCUCGACUUCAACCUCAACAACUCUUCCGCCGCUGCCAACCUCCCCAAGGCCAGCGCUACCGACACUCCCCCACCUUGGGAUCCCUCCUCCUUCAUAUCCUCCACCUUCUCCACCCACACAGACCUCACCACAGUCUAACAGGGAGCAGGAGGACAAGAAUGAACAGAGAGGCACAGCUCAAACCAGUCACUCACCCAGGGCUGGUAUGGGUAGAGGACUAUGAGGCAGUGGCGAUAAGGCGGUGCACAAUCGCAAAAACAUUUGGAACUUUGGAUUGAUUAACUAUGAUGGUUGAACACACCAGGAAAAAAUUAUUACUCACUUUGAAAAGUUACCCUACACAGGCCUAUGUGGCUAUUUGGUAUAGUUCAUAAGGAAUUGCUGUCCUGGGGACAUGCAACAAUAUGGCUUGAAUGAAGUUGAGAAUUCAAGAAUUGCAAGACUCGUUUUAUUCUAGAAUCCUGACUGUAUUGCUGAAUAUCUGCAGUAGCAUAUCCAAGUACUCUGCAAAGUUUAAUUGUAAGACUACAAAGCUAUGAAAGCUACAAUACACUACCAAAUCAGACAUGAUACUAACAGUGAAAAGUUACAUUUGUAUUGUUCGAUAUAUUGUAAAUAAAUUAUCUGAAAUUAAUUGCUGUUAAUAAUUUUCUUCCCAAAAUGUAAAUCAUUUCAUUUCCUACUUGGCAUAGCUUGUUUCCAAAGAAGUCUAUAUAUCCUAUAUAUUAUUUUAUCCUCUAUUAUUAGUUAUGUAGCUCUUUUUUUUUUUUUUUUGGUGGGGUUUAGAUUAACAUGGUGAUACAGAGGUAUGUAAGAAUGAUCUGAUAACACAAUUGAUUUGUGCAAAAUACAAAAAAAAUCAAAAUGUUACCCAAAGUCUUGUAAGUUUCUCCCCAACUGUCGCAAAGAUAAAGGCUGUUUUCCCAACUUGCAACACUGCAUAUAAAGGCUUUGCAGUCACACGCAAAAAAAUGUUUUUGUUGUCAAAGUUUUCCAAGAAACCUGUUCAAUAAUAUUGUUUCCCUUUUUUCCUUGUUUGGUCAAUAUGCAUAGGCUUUCUUGUCAGUUACACUGUCAGUUACACUGUCCUUUCUAUUUGCACCUACGUUUCAUAUAAAAUGUCCCACUAUAUUUCAUUAUGCUUUUGGCUGUGUGCUACUUGGGGUUCUAUGGUAUUUUACCCACUCUUUGUAACGUUAUUAAUAACUGUAAAAUGUGUUCUGUUUGCAAGUCUUUCAAUAAAAUCAAUAAAAC